UGGCAAGCUUUCACCUCAGGGUGAUGGUAGCCUUUCACCUUGGGUUGAUGGUAGCCCUUCACCUCAGGGUGAUGGUAGCCUUUCACCUCAGGGUGAUGGUAGCUCUUCAUCUCAGAGUGAUGGUAGCCUUUCACCGCAGGGUGAUGGUAGCCUUUCAUCUCAGGGUGAUGGUAGCUGGCUAAGCCACAACCUGAGGAGGGUGCUGGUGUCCUUCAAGGAGGCAUCUUUGGGAGCCACCUGUGAUAGCAGCUUGCAUUCCUCCUGCUAG